ACACGCCAUGUUGUUGUCUGGAGCCAGGUCUCCGUGUUCCGGGGCUCAGGCCGCUAGCGGGGCUUCGGGGUUGUGAGGCUGGGUCGGCAGAGAGGAGCAGGGAGUGGGAGCUGAGUGGGAGGAGGGACGGAGGGAGCUAGCCGCUGAGUAGCAACGGCUAGUGACGGAGUGAUGAGUGACUGGAACGGGAAGAAGAAGAGAAGUGGAGAAGCUGGGGCCUCGAGGAGUUGACCUGGAAACGGACUUGAAUAACUGGUCAGGAGCUCCUGGCACCAGGGAUCGAUGAGCGAGCUUGUGAAUGGUGUUAAAAUAAUGGCGCUGGUUAAAGAAGAAGCUCAUGAAGAACAGAGUGCUGGUGAGGACCAGCAGGAACCAGAACACCUUCACGUAAAGGAGGAACAGGAUGACCUCUGGACCAUUCUGGAGAGAGAGCAGCUACAUUUGAAGGAGACUGAUGCUGCCAGAUUUCUAUUCACUGCUGGUUCUAUAAAGAGUGAGGAUGAUGAAGAAAAACCUCUCGUCUCACAGCUUCAUCAGCAGCAAAUAGAAGACCGAGAUGUUCCAGCGAGCAGCUCAGCUGACCAUGUGACAGCAGAAAUGACAAAUCAUUUAUCAACAAGGUCUUCAGGCUGUUGUGUUAGUAAGGAAUGUGUUAAAGUGAAGCAACAUGCAGACUCAUGUAGGGAAGUCCAGAAAAAGACUAAAACGUUUAGUUGUGAUCACUGUGGAAAAGAAUUUAUGGCUAAAUCAAGUUUAAACAGUCACAUGAGUGUCCACACAGGACAGAAGCCUUUUGCCUGUGAGCUGUGUGGACAAAGAUUUUCCCGAAAGACAACUUUAAACAGUCACAUGAGAAUCCACACAGGACAGAAGCCUUUUGCCUGUGAUCACUGUGGAAAAGAAUUUAUGGUUAAAUCAAGUUUAAACAGUCACAUGAGUGUCCACACAGGACAGAAGCCUUUUGCCUGUGAGCUCUGUGAAAAAAGAUUUAGACAUGAGACAAGUUUAAAAGGUCACAUGAGUGUCCACACUGGACAUAAGCCUUUUGCCUGUGGGCUGUGUGGACAAAAAUUUGGUCAUAAGACACAUAUAAAAGAUCACAUUAGAACCCACACAGGAGAGAAACCUUUUGCCUGUGACCUGUGUGGACAAAAGUUUAGUCGUAAGACAAAUUUAAAAGGUCACAUUAGAAUCCACACAGGACAGAAACCUUUUGCCUGUGAGCUAUGUGGUCAAAGAUUUCGUUCUAAGGCAAGUUUAAACAGUCAUAUGAGUGUCCACACAGGACAGAAGCCUUUUGCCUGUGAGCUGUGUGGAAAAGGAUUUAACCGACGAACAAAUUUAAACAGACACAUAAGAAUCCACACAGGAAAGACGCCUUUUGCCUGUAAGCUCUGUGGAAAAAGAUUUAGACAUGAGACAAGUUUAAAAGGUCACAUGAGAAUCCACACAGGACAGAAUCCUUUUGUCUGUGAUCUCUGUGGAAAAAGAUUUAGACAUAAGACACGUUUAAAAAGUCACAUGAGUGUCCACACUGGACCUAAGCCUUUUGCCUGUGGACUGUGUGGACAAAAAUUUUGUCAUAAGACACAUAUAAAAGAUCACAUGAGAAUCCACACAGGAGAAAACCCUUUUACCUGUGAGCUCUGUGGAAACAGAUUUAGACAUGAGACAAGUUUAAAAAGUCACAUGAGAAUCCACACAGGACAGAAGCCUUUUGUCUGUGAUCUCUGUGGAAAAAGAUUUAGACAUGAGACACGUUUAAAAAGUCACUUGAGUGUCCACACUGGACCUUUUGCCUGUGAUCUCUGUGGAAAAAGAUUUAGACAUGAGACACGUUUAAAAAGUCACAUGAGUGUCCACACUGGACAGAUGCCUUUUGCCUGUGAUCUCUGUGGAAAAAGAUUUAGAAAUGAGACACGUUUAAAAAGUCACAUGAGUGUCCACACUGGACAUAAGCCUUUUGUCUGUGAGCUGUGUGGACAAAGAUUUAGUCAUAAGAAUAAUUUAAACAUUCACAUGACAAUCCACACAGGACUGAAACCUUUUGCCUGUGAGCUCUGUGGACAAAGAUUUAACCGAAAGGCAAGUUUAUAUUCUCACAUGAAAAUCCACACAGGACAGAAUCCUUAUGCCUGUGAGGUCUGUGGUCAAAGAUUUCGUUAUAAGGCAAGUUUAAACAGUCAUAUGAGUGUCCACACAGGACAGAAGCCUUUUACCUGUGAGCUGUGUGGAAAAGGAUUUAACCGAAAGGCAGAUUUAAACAGACACACGAGAGUCCACACAGGACAGAAGCCUUUUAUAUGUGAGCUCUGUGGACAAGGAUUUAGUCAAAAGAUAAGUUUAAACAAUCACACGAGUGUCCACCCUGGACAGAAGCCUUUUGGUUGUGUAACAUGACCUAAGUGGUUACUUUUAAUAAAUGAUCAAUAAGAUGUGAUAUUUCCAUAUAAAUAUGAAAUAUCAAUAUUGAUCUUUUGAAAUUUCAUCUAAAAUGAAACCAGGUAAUUUUGGUAGUUCAGGGAAAAUCACACCUUCGUAAUAUUUUGAGACAGAGAGAAAAAUAGUUUCUAAAAACAAAUUUAAUACUAGAUUUCUACUACUGUGUGGGCGACGAUGGCACAGGAGUAAAGUGCUCGCUCCGUAAUCAAAAGGUUGCAGGUUCGAGCCCCCUCUUAAUCUGUCGCUGACAUUGUGUCCUUGUGCAAGACACUUAACUCACCUUGCCUGCUGGUGGUGGUCGGAGGGACCGGUGGCGCCAGUGCUCGGCAGCCUCGCCUCUGUCAGUGCGCCCCAGGGCAGCUGUGGCUACACCGUAGCUCAUCCCCGCCAGCGUGUGAAUGUUUGUGUGAAUGGCUGAAUGACUGAUUGUGUUGUAAAGCGCCUUGGGGGGUUUCCAGGACUCUAGAAGGCGCUAUAUCAAAUACAGGCCAUUUACCAUUUACUAAUGAUGACACGGAACAAAUGAUGAUAAAUUAUGGUUGAAACAAGAUAACUGGGACAAUGAAUGAAAUGAUGGAAUGUGUACUUAGAUGUUAUGUAGCAAAACCAAGUGUCUUAGAAAAUUGUGAUGUCUGGGUUGUAAAACACGUCUGAAUGUAUGGUUUAACAAUCUCAAUUAAAACACCAUCCCACGCCAGUUGUGCAGAAUCUACGAGUCCUUGUGGUGAAGGCUGCCGGUGAUCCAGCGGUCGGAGAAGUUGAUACAAACUGCCAGUAGAGUUGACUUCUGUGGUAUUUGGAGCACAUAAUUUCACCCCCAAAAACCAAACCGCUGUUCUGAGAUACCUUCCAGGUGAGUGCUGGAAGCUGGUGUAACAAUUUUGCAACUCCACAAUAAUUUCAGACUUCCUCAUCUGAUGUGGAGAGACCAGCUUGUCUGAGCGUAGCCUUUAGGAGGCGGAUCUCAAGUCUGGCCUUGGUUUGCUGCAGUUUAAUCAGAGUCUGUUGUUCCUCUGCCAGACGAAGCUGUGCUUCUGCCCUGUCAGUCUCUUUUUGCUGAAGUGCCUUGUAACCAUCAUCUUUGUUUGAUGAAGGGCGCUUCAAGCCUCUCCUCUGAGAUCCUGUGGCAACUACCACUGGCUCAACCAAUGAGAAACCAGCUGCUUCCUCAUGAACAGAGCUGAGAUUCAAUAUAAAUACGCUCUCUGGAUCAGUAGGCCUGUACUGAAAGGCUGAAUACGUUAAAGCCUACUUAAUCACUGUAGCCUGACGGAAGAACAAAUAAAACUAAAACCUUAUGAAUAUAUAGGAUAUCUUGUAAAAUACUGCAUGAUCCAUAUAUAGUAUUUUUGAUACAU